UCGGCCGCGGCCACUCGCAGCCCGGAAGGCCGGCCACUCCCAGCCAAGAAAGAAAGACGACGGCGACACGCAUAGGUACGCGGAACCAGUCGCAUGGGGCUCCUCGACCAGCUCUGGGACGACACGGUCGCCGGCCCGCGGCCGGACCACGGCUUCAGCAAGCUCCGGAAAUACUCCUCCUUCUCGCCCUCGAGCCCGGCGGCCGAAGACGUCGCGCCGGCGGUGACCCGCAGCAUCACCAUCGCCCGGCCGCCGUCUCUUUCCCUCCCGUCCGGCGAGUCGAGCUCCGUGCCGUCCUCCCCGGGCAGUGCGCCGGACUCCCCGUUCGCAGCAGCUACCAGUAGGAGAGACGGCUGGAGGGCGUUUCGCCGGAAAUCCAAGAUCGCCAAUGUCGACGUCGUCCGGGCAGAGGCGGCCGUCGGGCCCAGGAGCCCCACCGUGUACGACUGGGUGGUGAUCAGUUCAUUGGACUGAUAAUAAAGAAGCACGACCGGAGUGUGAAAUAAUCGGUCGAAGAAGAAGAGGAGGUAGCUGACGUGUUUGAGGCAACGUGUCCGCCACGCGAUAUGGAUACCUGCUAUUGUGUAAUCGUUGUGUUAACUAAGUGCACUAUCUUUUCUCUUCUUUUACGUAGUUGUGUGCCCUUUCGGGGUGCCAAAGUAUGUGAUGUGGUUAGGAGUGCUGCAGUAGUAGGUUCCGAUCAAGAUGUGUUGCCUUGAGGGCGCCUUUUGGUGCGUGUGGAGGAGAUGAGCGCUGAAAUGAGGAUGCAAUGCAAGUGUUCGACCAUGCUUCCUUUUCCUACUAUCA